GUGAAGCGGGCUAGUCGACUGUCGUGCCGCGCCCUGCUUGUCCGUGAUGUAAACAAUGCACAUUGCCGUCGCGAUCUUAGUAUUUCAGUGUACGCUCAGUAGAAGUAUAAAAGUACCUGUGACCUGGGACAAUGACAGUGAAGUGAAACCAGUGAACCAAGACAAACACAAUGAAUAUUUCCACUAUUCAGCCAAUAAACCACAUUUCGCCGUUGAAGUAGCACAGUUCCAUAAUGUUAAGUCUCCAGAAAAUCAUUAUGAAUCGUAUCCAAUCAACCCACACACAGGUCUUAAUAAACCACAAUUUGGAAAACACCAGAUGCUUAAUAGUGAGCAUAAAAAUUAUAAACCAUAUCAAGAAUACGUAAAACAAGAUUAUGGACAUGUCAAGCCAAUUACCAAUUAUUAUGAAGUUUAUCACCCUUAUGAAGCAGAGGUCCCAGCGCUUCAAUCUAUUUAUAGAGAUCCUAUAUUAAAUAAAAUUAGAAAUGAUGUAGUUGAUGCGAAAAAUAGGCUUCAGAAAUAUGAGCAUGAUGCUGGAGAAUCCGAUGUUCAUAAAGACGAAUAUUUAGAAAGUCCAGAUUCUAUAGAUAAAAAAAAGGUACCACACAAAAAUAUACCUGUUCAGUAUGAAAUCCACAGGCCAGUUAGACGACCAAUUUAUUACCAACGGGUACCUAUUCAUAGUAAUCGAGAACAUAUUUUAAACCAAAAACUAAGACAUCCCUGGAGCCAAAGUUAUGCUAAAGUUACUCCUAUGCAUUACCAUCCCUUAAAACAUAACUUACAUCAGUUACGACAGCAACAUUCACUCACAUAUGAUGAUAGCAAAAACGAAUAUCCACAAAUUAUGCCUCCUGAACAGUAUGCUGAAAAACCUGAGGGUUACGAUAUCUAUGAGAAAGGAAAAGAAAAUUAUAAAAAUAUUAGGAAUGGAUUUGAGGAAUCCAUAAAUAACGCGGUUCUUAAAAACAGACCAAUAGUGAUGGACAAUUUAGAAUUACAAAAAGACGAUCAUGCAUCUAAUACCGAAGAGGACGAAAAUGAAGAGUUUAUACCAAUAAAAAACUAUGCUCAAGUGCGAAAAACUACUACAUUUAGGCAUCUACCAAAAUCAGCUGCUUAUGAAGAUGCAGACAAUUUAGAAGAAAUACAAAACGCUCCAAGAUUAAGGGAAGCCAUAAAAAGUAGUAAAAAUCAAGUUGUUUAUUCUGAAGAAGGGUACGAAGAUUCCGCUUAUGAUCACGCAGGUGAACAGAAACAUGCAUCUGAUCACGAAGGGCACGGUGGUUUCUUAACGGAAAAUGAAGCUAGCAAAGGAAAAUAUAAAAUUCCAACUAUUGAUACUGGGUUUACCGAUGAAGGUAAAACUAGUUCUAGAGAUCAGAUACUACACGGUGAAAAAUGGAACGAUGAACAUUCUGAAGACUUAGACGAAAAUGACUCGGAAGAUUAUUCUGAAAAUGAAAAUGAUUACUCUGAAAGAAAUGAUGCACAAGCACCUGAUAAUGACAAUAUAAGUGAAAGAAAUAAACGUGAAAGUAAUAAUACGAACCCUGUGAAUGAAAACUUAUCUGAUCAUGAUUUAUCAAAAAGGGAAGUGAAUUUGAACUUAUCAAGUACGAAAGAAGAUGGAACAAAUGAAAACACAAAUCUAUCUCGUCAAAACAUUGAAAUCUCUAUGAAUAAGUAUCCGUAUUAUUUCAAUAGUUUGAAGGCUCUAGAUAAAAAUUCACCUCUACGCUACUCCGAAAACCUCAAUCUUAUCCCUAAUAAAACAAAAGACAACAGCGCAUUCUACAAUUCAAGACUAAAUCAUAUAUGUCCUGAAGUUGAAAAAGAAGUAAAUCCAAUACCAGAUAAAUUUGAUAACGAUGAAGUUUCUCAAGAUAGCGAAGGUGAAAAUCAUAAUAAUGAUGAAAAAGGAGAGGAAGAAUUUAAAAAAUUCAAAGACAAACAACGGUUGGAAGGGUUAGGAGAUAAAAUAGAUUGUUUUAAGAAAAAAUAUUUUGGACCAGAACCAUUAGACAGUCCAUUUUUUACCGAAAGUUUAAUUAAAAAUCCACAACCUUUAGAACUAAUAAAUUCAAGCAUAUUUUCUGCAGAUAAACUAGAAAAACAUUUAAUUAAUCAACAGAAAAAUAAAGAAAAAACAUUUUCUAACGGUCUGUAUGGAAGUAACACCUUUGACGAUUUGACAAAAAAUCAAAGCAAUUCUUUUAAUAAAAAAAAUAAUACGAUAAUAACGAAACUUAGAAAAAAGAGAGGGGUAACAUUUAUGUAUGAACCAUAUAAGGUCAUAAAGGAUAGUCAAGCAACAGAUUCUAAAAAGUUCCCAACUUCAAGCAAUAUUAGCCCUGUUAUAAGAAAACUGCAAACAAGACAAACUGUUGACACGAGUAAUAAUCAAAAGUACUAUAAAGAUAUUGGUAAAAAUGAAAGACCUCUAAAUGAACAAGAUUUCAUUGAUGUUAGUAAAGACCUACGAAGAGGUGAACCGCGGUAUGAAAUAGAUCUAAAAAAUCAUCGAACACAAUAUAGUCCUGUUGAAAAUAAAACUUCAAUGUCUAUAGAAGACUAUAAAGAAAAGACAGCUAACAAAAACGAUAAAACGAAAAUAAACUUUGAGCCAUCAUCGAACCGACCACAAUCUAUCACAUUUAAAUAUAUUCCACGGACUGUGACUACCCAAAACAUUGCAGCUAGUAAUAUAAUAUCAAAAACCAUUCAGUCAACAACAAUUAAACCUCAAAAUAAAGAAGAAGAAGAUAUUGAUGCCGAUUACGAAGAAUAUGAGGAUGAAAGCGAUGAAAUAACAGAGGAAAAAGAAUUUCGUGAAACGACAAGUACAACCACAAGUACUACAAAACCAAAACUGAUUAAGAGAAUUCAUUUAGCACCUACAGCUAAACCUAAAGAAGAUGAAAAAUCUAACUCGAUGAAACUUCAGCUUACUACCCGGUUUCAUACUUCAACAACAGAUGCCGCACCCAUACAUGUAUAUCCUCCUGAACAUAGUGAACAACUUAUAAGGACACCAAAUUACAGAGAAAAGAAGAAGAAAACAACAAAGAGUACGCUUGUCACAGAUACAGAAUCUUACGGUGAUGACACUGAUGAUAUGAGAAGAGAAGAAAUUGAUGCUAUGAUAGGUAUAAAACAAGACAUGGAUGAAUAUACACCAACAUAUGAAAAAGAAAAUAAACACAGCGACAGUACCAAGAAGCAUAAGAACUCCUACGAAAAAGUAAUUGAUGACCAACUACGAGAAAAUGAUGAAAACCAAGAAGAAGAAGAUGAUGAUGAUGAUUCUAGCGAAGAAGAUGAAUAUGGUGAUGGCGAAGACGACGAAGACGACGAAGAUGACGAAGAUGACUUAGAUGUAAUUGACAAUAAUCAAGAAAACAAAAACCACAAAUUGAAAGAAACUACUCCUCUACCAGACAAACGAGGCAACAUUCAAGUAACUACAUCGGAACCAACAAAAAGAACUCUAAUAAAAACCACUGAACCAACAUCAACCACAGAAGUCUUGUAUGGUGACAUACAACCAACAGUUUAUCGUAAAAAAGUUGAAAUCCAUAAAGAAUUGCCUGUCAAUAAAACAUCACCACAUGUGACACACUAUAAACAGGAUAUAAAAGAAGUAGAAAUUAUUAAAGAAGUAGACCGCCCACAUAUACCUAAUAAUAAUCAUCCUGGCUCGCUAAAUCUUUACAAAGACGAAAGUUUAGCUAGAGAAAUAAAUAAUUUGGGUGAUAUUGAUGUGUUCAAUGACAAUAUAGAUUUUGAAAAUGGUCCAAAACACGGAGGUAAUUACAGAAAUGUUGAGCACAACGCAAAUCCAGAUAGUGAUGUUGAAACAUCUCAAUCUCAAUCAAAAAAAAUAAUUGAACCUGAAACAUCAACAAUUAAGCCGAGAAAUCAGAAUUAUCGUAAUAAAGAAUCAAAAAGAUUAGAAAAAAGUGAUAUGGCUAAGUCGACGUCAAGAUCGCGGAACAUAGAUCGUAGACGAAAAACAAAUAGAUUCAACACAGAAAAAAGUGCAAAACUCAUAGAACUACAAGAUGAAGAUAAUAAUGGCGAUAAUGUAGAAAAUUACAAUGUAUAUAAGGGAAACUCUAAAGCCGAUUCGAGAUAUAAUAAUGAACCCAUGCAUGGGGGAAAUUAUAGAAGUGCAAAGAUUACCUUACAUAAGAAUAAUCAGGAUACUACAACAGAAAGCAGCACGACAAAGAGAAUUCUUAAACAACGAAAUAGAAAAACAGAAGCAGAAGUAUUGAACGCCUACGCAAGAGCAGCGACUGAAAUCACUACAAUACCUGCUUUCAUUUUGGAUCCAAGUAAAAGAAUGUACUAUUAUCUAGAAGACUAGAACUGGAAACAUUAGUAUUCAUGAGUGCCAAAAUUGAUUUCCAGUGUUGUAAAACUAAAUAAUAUAUUUGUCAUAUAAAAUUGUUUGUUUUUGAAAGCUAGUUGCUAAUAAUUUCUGUGAUAAAAUGAACUAAUUAAAAUUAUUUAUAAAUAUUAUCAUAUACGUAUUUAUAUUGUAUUAUAAUGUAAGUUUAGUUUUCAAUAUUGUAAUGUUAUCUGUAAAUGUGUUUUAUGUAAAUU